UUUCCCGCUCCCUACGGCCGAAACCAACCAACGUUUAAUAAAUAAAAUUUCUGAACAAUUUUUAGCUUAAAAAUAUUAUUUGUUUUUAAACGUAAACCGGGGAGGCCUCGUCCGCAGCCGGCCUGUCCGCAGGGGCAGUGACAUGUCGAACGAGGAGAGUUACAAAGCGAUCAUCCGGUACCUGACCAACGAGAAGGAACCUUAUGCGCCGGGGACCGAGGGCAACGUCAAGAGGAAGAUCCGCAAGGCCGCCGCCUGCUACGUGGUGCGGCGCGGAACCCUGUACUACCAGAAGAAGCGCAAGGACCGCGACGAGUUCGAUGAGCUGGAGGUAGUGCUGGAGGCCAACACUCGCCGGGAGCUGAUAGCCUCGUUCCACGAGAGCGCCGAGGGCAUCCACUUCACCCGGGACCAGACCUGGAGGAACAUCUCGCAGAGCUACUGGUGGAGAGGUAUAUUUAAGCAAGUGAAAGACUAUAUCAAAGAAUGUAUUCAAUGCAAGGAAAAGAUCGAUCGAAACAAGUCAGUAUGUGCCGAUACAAUGGAAAUGUUGGAACAGCUCGGCAUAGACGUUCCAGUGGCGGGUAAUGGCAGUGAAACUGAUGAUGAAUUGAGUAACUCUGGGGGAAGAGCUGAUGCUCCCCCAAAGCCUACCAGAAAGAAAAUUGCCCCAAAGCAGGAACUGGUGUUUGUGGAUAGCAAGGGCCUUGUGAAACAAGUAUCUGAAAAACACUGCCAAAUAGUGCUAGAACAGUUGAAUUUUCAGAGGCUCUCCAACCAAUUCUGUGAUGUCACACUUCUGAUCGAGGGAGAGGAGCACAAAGCACAUAAGUCCGUUCUGGCAGCAAGCAGUGAAUAUUUUCGAGAGCUCUUCAUUGAAAAGGGAGCAGUCUCCAGUCAUGAAGCGGUUGUGGACCUUUCAGGCUUUAAUAAAACAAGUUUUCUUCCAUUGUUGGAAUUUGCUUACACGGCUGUCUUAGCAUUUGAUUUCUGUCAUAUGGCUGAUGUUGCCACAUUGGCACGUCAUCUACUAAUGCAUGAAGCUCUGAAGAUGUGUGAAGAUAUCCAUAAACAGCUAGAGGAAAGGAAGAUUACUGUAUACCAAAAGGGAAAUGUAAAAACUGUAAAUUCCAGAGUCCAUGCCACCGAGGUGGAGGUGCCUAUGGAUGUUAAUACUUUAGAACAACCGGAGCCUGAAGCUAUUGAAAGCACUGCUGAUGGCUCCAUAACUGUGUUACUGCAAGAGCCUAUACAAAUUCCCGUACCCGUUGAAGCCCCUGCAUCUGGUGUAGAAGAUGAGGCCCCAAAAGAUGCUGUGAUGUGUGAAUCACAAGCAACACAUACAACUGAAGAACUGACGGUUCAGCAAAUUCAGGGUAUUCUGGACUGCUCUGUGGAAAACGGUGGUGCUGAAAGCAAUCAAGUCAAUAAGCAAAUUGAACCAAUGGAAUCCAGUGUAAGCACUCCAAAUCUGGAAAGUACAGAAAAUAAUGCCCAGGACGUGGCAGAAACCCCAACUACCAAUGAACAGACGGAUGUGCCUACUGUAAAUGGGAAUGAGAGUGAGAAUCAGCAGAAGGAGGAUUUGACAGAGACCCUCAAUCCUUGUACGUCAGAUGUGCCAAAACGAAAGCGUGGUAGGCCACCAAAAUUACAUGACAAACAGAAACCAGUUGCUGUAGCCUCUUCUUCCAAAUGCCUCUCAGAUGAUACUUACAAAAGCAGGUUACGACAACGUACUUUAGCUGAAGGUGGAUAUAUUCGGUUACACAAAGGCACGGAGAAGAAGUUGCGAGCCAGGAAAAGCAACCUAAAAUCUGCAACACAACAGGUUGCCCAGAAAUUGGUGAAGAGAGGUAGAAAGAUGCAACCAAAACGAGCCACCAUUGAAGGAGAUGAUGCAGAGGUGGAGCAUAAAUGUAAUGAAUGUGGAAAGGCUUUCCCCAAGCGUUACACCUUGAUGAUGCACAUGAUGACCCACAACAGAAUCAAGGAAUUUAAAUGUCCACUCUGUGAGAAGGAGUUCCUCUACAAAGCUUCCCUGCUUUCACAUCUUCUGCGCCACAAGAGGACCACUGAGCAAAUAGAUGAGGGUCUUGGGGGUAGAACGAAGCGGCAGUUCAUCUGUGACAUCUGUGGAAAAACAUUGCCAAAGCCUUAUAACCUGCGACUUCAUAUGCUUAAGCACACGGGUGUCAAGCCACAUGUGUGCAAGAUAUGUGGGAAGACUUUUGGCUAUAAACACAGUCUAAGACUACAUAUGGCUCACCAUGAAGGUAAAAGGGAAUUUAGCUGUGAAAUAUGUGAAAAAUCAUUUGCUACAAAACGCAGUCUUCAGGAGCACAGUAGUGUUCACACAGGUGAAUCUAAGUACCUCUGUCCAACUUGUGGAAAGUGUUUCAAACGUGCCUCCGGUCUCAGCAAGCAUUUAAAAAGACAUUUGCCGAAACCUGAAAUCAGAAGCUUUCAAUGUACCCAAUGUGAACGGAGUUUUUACGAAGCACGUGACCUGCAGCAACACAUGUACAAGCACCUUGGUGUUAAACCAUUUCAGUGCCAGAUCUGUGGGAAGUGCUACAGCUGGAAGAAGGACUGGUAUUCACAUGUAAAAGCACAUUCUGUUACUGAGCCAUACAAAUGUAAUGUUUGUGGAAAAGAAUUCUUCGAAAAAGCUCUUUUUAGGCGACAUGUCAAAAAAGCCACACAUGGCAAGAAAGGCAGAGCUAAGCAGAUGCUCGACCGUACUUGUGAACACUGUGGGAAGAAAUUUUCACAACUUAGAGAGUAUCGGAGGCACAUGAAUAACCAUCAAGGUGUGAAGCCAUUUGAAUGUUUGACCUGUGGAGUAGCCUGGGCUGAUGCACGCUCACUUAAACGGCAUGUGCGAACACAUACAGGAGAACGACCUUACGUCUGCCCAAUAUGUAACGAUGCCUACAUUGAUGCUCGUAGUUUGCGGAAACAUAUGACUAAGUUUCAUAAAGAGCACGUUCCUGGCAAAAUAAUGUUAGAGAAAGACACACUUCAAUUUCAUAAUCAGGGAACACAAGUAGAACAUGCCAUCAGAAUCUUAGCUGCUGAUAUGCAAGAUGAACUGGACAAAUCAGAUUUAAUUGCUGAAGAAGUUGAGACUGUAAUAGUGGCUGGAGAAGCUGUCGAGGCGGUUGAAGCUGUCGAGGCGGUUGAAGCUGUCGAGGCGGUUGAAGCUGUCGAAGCGGUGACUUCAGUGGAAUCUGUUGAAGCUGUGGCUGUGGAAAGCCAAGAUGAAGCAUUGCCCACACUAACAGAUCAUGGAAUUAUGCAGGUGGUUAACUAUGUACUAUCUCAACAGCAAGGACAGAAACUUAAUGAAAUUGGAGAAACUGUGGAAGUUGAGGUCGCCCAUAUUGCAGAGGCUGAAGAAAAUGUGCAAGAAAACUGAAAAUACUUGGAACGUAUCCUGAUAACUGAUUGUGUGCAUUAGAUUAUGUGAGGACUUGUUCAUGUUCAAUCAUUUUCCCUGAUCAUAUCCUGAUCCUACAAAGGUUAGCAUUAUGUAACUGGCAGACUUUUACAAAUGUAUAUUGAACUCCUGACAGAGAAGGAAUUCAAAGUUGCUAAGUGAUGAUGAUAAUAAAGUUCUGAGUUCGAAAACCAAAAUAUAUUUUCAACUGCUUACAUUUAUGAGAUGUGCCAGUAGCAUUCUGCAGUAAAGCUUGAGCUUCCAGCAAUUUUAGUUGCAAUUGCAAGCUUUUUUCAUUGUUUCCUUAUUUUAAGCAUUGGUAAAUCAGUGGAAACUGUCCUUUUUCAGCAUUUUAUCCAGGAGAUCAGAAUUUUGUAGAUUGCAACACAUAAACAUGGAAACUCUUAAAAUGGGCACGUUUCAUAACUAAUUUCAUGUAUACUAUUCAGGCAAGAGUGGGUCAGAUACACAAACUGUGAGCAUGAAAGUGGAGAACUUACCUCAUUUAACUUGUAUAUUUUGCAAGGAAUCAGUAGAAUUAGAAAUGAACAGGGUGAUGUAUUUAUAAACACAGUGCUUGUUCUGAAUAAGUAGAAAGUAGAUUUCCAGAUUUGAAAUUUAAUUUUGACUUGAGGCCCUGUUGGGAUUAUUUAAAGAAAUGUUUGGACAAGUUGAGUUCUGAUGAUUCCACAACUAUUAACUUCCAUAAAAUCAUUAAUAAAGGAUCAUCAUCUCAACAUAUGCUAGUUGUGAUGAACUUAUUUGGAUAAAGUUUAUCUUGAAUGCAUUUGGAAAUCCCGCAAGAUUAGUUAUAUUCUUAUGUAAAAUUGCACAAUGUCAGUUGUAAGGAAAGUGUUGUAAAUCUAGAAAUACUAAUCUCAGGUAACAACAAGAUUUGGUUUACUUUGUCAAAUAGGAGGCAUUUGUUGGGCAAAUGCGUGAAAUGUAAUUGAUGUAAAUAAAUGUGCAUAUAAUAGGUUUAUAUGUUUAUGACUUUAUGCAUGUCUAUAAUUUUCUUAAUCCAGUCACUGUUAAUCAAACUGUGUAUGUACAUGUGACUUUAAAAAUAAUUUGCAAAAGACCUCCAUGUAUUAUAGAACACUGAAAAGGUGGCUGUUUUCCUAAUGGUCUUGGCAUUCCAAAAGUAUAUAUUAGGGGAAAAAACUAUUUAAAAGUGCAAUCAGGAUUUUUUUUCAAUUGUAAUUUGUCUUGUCUGGCUGUAAGCUUUCAUGCAUAAUUAUUAAAAAGGUAAAAUCUC